AUGCUUAGCAUUGGCAUGUAUGCUUGGAUGCUUAGCAUUGGCAUGUAUGCUUGGGUGCUUGGCAUUGGCAUGUAUGCUUGGCUUUGGCUUGUAUGCUUGAAUGCUUGGCAUUGGCAUGUAUGCUUGGAUGCGUGGAUGCUUAGCAUUGGCAUGUAUGCUUGGAUGCUUGGCAUUGGCAUGUAUACUUGGCUUUGGCUUGUAUGCUUGGAUGCUUGGAUGCUUGACAUGUACGCUUGA